AAUGGCUGCGUCUAUAGGUAAUCCGGUAACGGUUAGUUUGGAAGAGCUUUCAAAUAGCGUGGGUGAUGAGCUUUUAAAUGAAGCCUUUGGCCCAGACUCACUUGGGAUCAUUGUAGUGAAGGGUCUUCCAGAUAAAUUCCAUGAAUUGAGAUCAAAAGUUUUAUCUAGUGCUUCAAACUUAGCACAUCUUCCAGAAGAUGAAUUAUUAAAACUUGAAUGUGAGGAAUCAAUGUGGCUAACUGGCUGGUCUCGAGGAAAGGAAAAAUUAGCGAAUUCUGGAUUACCAGAUAUCUAUAAGGGAUCAUUCUAUAUGAAUUGUGCAUUCCAUAAAGAUAGUACACUUGAAGGACCAUCAAAGGAAUUACAACAAGAAUUUCAAAAUUUCAAAACGUAUACAAGCCCCAACAUUUGGCCCAAACCUGAAGGUUCAUUGAUUGAUUUUGAAAGAGAUUGUAAGGAAUUAUGUAAUCUAAUCAUUGACGUAGCACAAGUUGUUGCAUCUAAUUGUGAUAAAUACAUAUCAAAGAGAAAUAAUGAGUAUGAGGAAGGAUUUUUAGAAAGAAUUACCAAGAAUUCAACUUGUACUAAAGCUCGUCUUUUGCACUACUACCCAGCAACAAGAACAACUACAGCUAAUAAUGACGAUUGGUGUGGAGAACAUUUGGAUCAUUCAUGCCUUACUGGCCUUACCUCCGCCUUGUUUAUGGAUGAAUCCAAGGGUUUGACUCAUGCACUUGAUGGAUCUCCAGACAAGGAAGCCGGGCUAUACAUUCGUGAUAGACAUGGAGGAAUUGUUAAAGUGAAUAUUCCUCUGGAUUGUGUAGCAUUCCAAUCAGGUUCUACGUUACAAGAGGUUUCCCGGGGUGGGUUUAAAGCAGUUUCACAUUUUGUCAAGGGUACUUCAAUGGAAAGCAUUGCUAGAAAUACCCUUGCAGUGUUUUGUCAACCUGAUUUGAAUGAAAAGGUCAAUGCAACUGAGAAUUUUGCUCAAUAUGCUGAUAGGAUUUUAAAUAGUAAUCAUUGA